AUGUCAAGCUCCUCCUCCCGGAUGCCCUGCGUACUGCACCCCAACAAAUCGAGAUUCCCACUGCAUCCCCUCUGGAACCGCCUGUGCAUUGGCCAUGGUUCGUAUCACUUCGCGUUGAUCCUGGACAAGGCUGCAUUCAGGUCAAAAUCUACGUGGCCAACCUGCAGCGUUGCUUUGGCGUCUGUGACCACACGAAGUGGGUUGGUGAAACGACCAGCCUCAUACAUCUUGACUGCGAUCCCCUUUAAGACAGCGUCCCCGCAGACGUUGGAGUCGACCAAAAUCUUCGCCUCGUCGUCAAACUUGCCCUUCAAGGUGAAGUACUCCUGA